CAGUAUGUCCACUCGCCUUACGACCGUCCCUGGAACGCCCCCCGAUUCUGCAUCAUCUCCGGCAAUCAGCUCCUGAUGCUGGACGAGGAGGAGAUUCACCCUCUGCUCCUUCGAGAACGCCAGAGGGAGUCCGGGCGCAGCAAGCUUCUACGCCGGACGGUCAGCGUCCCUGUGGAAGGCCGGCCUCAAGCUGAGCACGAGUACCACGCCAGCCGUUCCCGCAGGAAGAGCGUCCCGGGGGGCAAGCAGUACAGCAUCAACAUGGACGCCCCGCCAGCACCCCCCUUCCGUUCCUCGCAACAGGGUUUCCUCAGUCGCCGCCUGAAGAGCUCCAUCAAGCGCACGAAGAGCCAGCCCAAGCUGGACCGCACCAGCAGUUUCCGCCAGAUGCUGCCGCGCUUCCGGAGCGCUGACCACGACAGGGCCCGCCUGAUGCAGAGUUUCAAGGAGUCGCAUUCCCACGAGUCCCUACUGAGCCCCAGCAGUGCAGCCGAAGCCCUGGAGCUGAACCUGGACGAGGACUCCCUCAUCAAGCCGGUGCACAGCAGCAUCCUGGGCCAGGAGUUCUGCUUUGAGGUGACGACGUCUUCGGGCACCAAGUGCUUCGCCUGCCGCUCGGCUGCCGAGAGGGACAAGUGGAUCGAGAACCUGCAGAGGGCGGUGAAGCCCAACAAGGACAACAGCCGGCGGGUGGACAAUGUGCUGAAGCUCUGGAUCAUUGAGGCGCGGGACCUGCCCCCCAAAAAACGCUACUACUGCGAGCUGUGCCUGGACGACAUGCUCUACGCACGCACUACCAGCAAGAUACGCACGGACAACGUCUUCUGGGGGGAGCACUUCGAGUUCAACAACCUGCCGGCUGUGCGCACCAUCCGGCUGCAUCUUUACAAGGAUACGGACAAGAAGCGCAAGAAGGACAAGAGCAACUACGUGGGCAUGGUCAGCAUCCCCAUUGCCAGCGUCACCGGGCGCCAUUUUGCUGAGCAGUGGUACCCGCUCAGCCAGCCCAGUGCCAGCAAGAGCAAGGCCGGCUGCCCGGCCAUCCGGGUCAAGAGCCGCUUCCAGGCCAUGAGCAUCCUGCCCAUGGAGCUCUACAAGGAGUUCGCCGAGUAUGUCACCAACAACUACCGCAUGCUGUGCGCCGUGCUGGAGCCUGUCCUGAGCGUCAAGAGCAAGGAGGAGGUGGCCUGCGCCCUGGUGCACAUCCUCCAGAGCACCGGCAAGGCCAAGGACUUCCUGUCCGACAUGGCCAUGACGGAAGUGGACCGCUUCAUGGACCGCGAACACCUCAUUUUCCGGGAGAACACGCUGGCCACCAAAGCCAUAGAGGAGUAUCUCAAGCUGAUUGGACAAAAAUACCUCAAGGAUGCCAUUGGUGAGUUCAUCCGAGCUUUGUACGAGUCUGAGGAGAACUGCGAGGUGGACCCCAUGAAGUGCUCGGCCUCCACCUUGGCGGACCAUCAGGCCAACCUCCGCAUGUGCUGCGAACUGGCCCUCUGCAAAGUGGUCAACUCCCACUGCGUGUUCCCCCGGGAGCUGAAGGAGGUUUUUGCAUCGUGGCGGCUGCGCUGUGCCGAGAGGGGCCGGGAAGACAUUGCCGACCGCCUCAUCAGCGCCUCCCUCUUCCUGCGCUUCCUGUGUCCGGCCGUCAUGUCCCCCAGCCUCUUCGGCCUCCUGCAAGAGUACCCGGACGAGCAGACCUCCCGCACCCUCACGCUCAUCGCCAAGGUCAUCCAGAACCUGGCCAACUUCUCCAAGUUCGGCAGCAAGGAGGAGUACAUGGCCUUCAUGAACGAGUUCCUGGAGCUGGAGUGGGCCAGCAUGCAGCAGUUCCUCUACGAGAUCUCCAACCUGGACACCCUCACCAACAGCACCAGCUUCGAGGGCUACAUCGACCUCGGCCGGGAGCUCUCCACGCUGCACGCUCUGCUCUGGGAGGUCCUGCCCCAGCUCAGCAAGGAAGCCCUGAUGAAGCUGGGCCCGCUGCCCCGUCUGCUGAACGAAAUCAGCCUCGCUCUCAGGAACCCCCACAUCCAGCGGCAGCCCAGCCACCAGGGCGAGCGGCUGCAGGCCAAGCCGGUGAUCCUCCGCGGGCCCUCGGCCGAAGUGCAGUCCUCGUACAUGAUGCGCGACCUCAACAGCUCAGUUGACAUGCAGCCCUACAUGAUGCGAGCCAUGAACAGCUCCAUCGACAUGACGCGCUUGCCCUCCCCGACCAAGGAGAAGGGGUCAAAAGACAUGUUCUUCGUGCCGCGGCCGCCCCUGGCCCGCUCCUCCCCCGCAUACUGCACCAGCAGCUCGGACAUCACCGAGCCCGACCAGAAGGUGCUGAGCGUCAACAAGAGUGUCUCCAUGCUGGACCUGCAGGACAGCCGCAUGAACAGCGUCUCCAACCUGCAUAGUGUAGGCGACCUGCUCAACAGCAGCCAGGCCUCCAUCACCGCCGGCCUGGGUCUGCGGCCCAGCCGGCUCUCCCAGGGCAGCGGCUCCAGCAUCGCGGCCGGCCUGCGGCUGAGCCAGAUGGGCGUCACCACCGACGGGGGUGGCCCCUCCUCUGCGCAGCAGCUCCGUAUCCCCCUCUCCUUCCAGAACCCCCUCUUCCACAUGGCCUCUGAUGGGCCGGCCGGCGGCCCACACCACGUGUCCCAUCCGCACCGGCCGGCGGAGGGCAACCCCGCUGAUACCUUCGCUCCCUUCCAUGGCUACAGCAAGAGCGAGGACCUGUCGGCCAGCAAGCAUAUCAUCCACAGCCACAGCUACAGCGACGAGUUCACGCGCCAGGGCUCGGAGUUCACCAAGCGCCAGCUGUCCCUGCAGGAGAACCUGCAGAACAUGCUCUCCCCGCCCCAGAUCACCAUCGGCCCCCAGCCCCAGCGCUCGGCCCCCGCCCCUCAGCCGCAGCCCCCCCUGCAGCGGGGCAAGUCCCAGCAGCUGACGGUCUCUGCGGCUCAGAAGCCUCGGCCCUCCAGUGGGAAUCUGCUGCAGCCCGAGCCCACCUACGCCCCCACCCACACCCGCCAGCAGCCGGGCACCAAGGAGGGUGUCCGAUCUCCCAAACCGAGCAUUGGUGGCCCAGGAGUUUGGGGGCGUGGUGGUGGUGGUGGUGGUGGCCUCAUCCCUCCUCUGAUCCGCCAGACCUCGCACACACCCUCGACGCUGAAUCCCAUCCUGCCGGCCUCGGAGCGGACUGUGGCCUGGGUCUCCAACAUGCCCCACCUCUCGGCAGACAUCGAGAGCUCCCACAUCGAACGGGAAGAGUUCAAGCUGAAGGAGUACUCCAAGUCCAUGGACGAGAGCCGGCUGGACCGCGUGAAGGAGUACGAGGAGGAGAUCCACUCGCUGAAGGAACGCCUGCACAUGUCCAACCGGAAGCUGGAGGAGUACGAGAGGCGCCUGAUGAGCCAGGAGGAGCAAACUGGCAAGAUCCUGCACCAGUACCAGCAGCGCCUGGAGCAGAGCGAGAAGCGCCUCCGGCAGCAGCAGGUGGAGAAGGACUCGCAGAUCAAGAGCAUCAUCGGCAGGUUGAUGCUAGUGGAGGAGGAGCUGCGCAGGGAUCACUCGGCCGCCCUCGACACCUCCGAACCGCGGAAGCGGCUGCUCGACGCUCAGGAGAGGCAGCUUUCCGCCGUGGGUGCAGCAAACCCGCGUCUGAGCGGCGUUAUGGGUCCGCCCUGGAACGGGAUCCUACCCGGGCAACCGCCUCCGCUCCCGCGACUCCAGAUCACGGAAAAUGGAGAGUUUCGCAGCACCGCGUCUGAGCACUAGCGACUGCCCCCUGCCUCGUCCCGGCCCCCCACCAGCCGGCGGGCAGCCGUGGGGCGGUGGGUGGGGCGGGGGGCUAGUCUGGAAUCUCACGCCGGGGGCCGGGGAAGGGUCCGGAGGCAUUCA